AUGAUACAAGUUAUGAAUUGGUUAUCAAUGGCCAUUGGACUGAUUCCAUUGAACCGCAAGCAAUCGGCGUCGAAUUUGGUCGUGGACUACGCUAUGAUGGCUGUGGUUCCCAUAUUUUACUUGUUUUGUUAUUUGCUGAUUAAUCUGACCCGUACCUUUGGCAUCUGCUUCCUGGAUGCCUGCAACAGCGUCUGCCGGCUGAGCAACCAUCUCUUCAUGCACCUGGGUGCCUUCCUUUACCUGACCAUCGCCCUAAUGAGCGUCUACCGGCGAAAGGAGUUCUUUCGCCAGUUCGACGAGCGACUUAGUGUCAUUGACGCAGUGAUACUAAAGUGUCAGAGGGUGGCGGAAACUGACCAGAAGAAAGCAGCUGCUGUGAAGCACAGUGUAGCCUACCAUUUCACCUGGCUCUUUCUUUUCUGCGUCUUCACCUUUGCCUUGUACUACGACGUCAAGUCACUUUAUUUCACCUUUGGUAACUAUGCUUUUGUCCCGUUUAUGGUGUCAAGUUUCCCGUACUUGGCCGGAAGUAUCAUCCAGGGGGAGUUCAUCUAUCAUGUGUCGGUGAUUUCGGAGCGCUUCGAGCAGAUUAACACGCUUUUCGAGAAGAUUAACCAGGAAGCCCGCCACCGCCACGCCCCCCUCACAGUGUUUGACAUCGAGAGUGAGGGCAAGAAGGAGCGGCUGUCGGCGGAGGGGAAGGUGGCGUUUGGCCAUGACCAGAAGCUGGCAGGCGAAAUGAAAAGCCAAGCGGGACAACAAAAGACCGACGAGGACGAAACGGACUCCAGCCAGGAUGAAAACGAGGACGAUUUUGAUUAUGACAAUGCCCAAAUUGUCGAAAAUACAGGCAACACUUCUGAGUCCAAUCUGCCGGACCUGUUUAUGUUGCACGACAAAAUCCUCUCGCUCAGCGUGAUAACUAAUGGGGAAUUCGGACCACAGUGUGUACCCUACAUGGCGGCCUGCUUCGUGGUGAGCAUUUUCGGAAUCUUCCUGGAGACCAAGGUCAACUUCAUAGUGAGCGGAAAGAGCCGGCUCCUGGAUUAUGUGACCUAUUUGUACGUCAUUUGGAGCUUCACCACCAUGGUAGUGGCCUAUGUCGUCCUGCGCCUGUGCUGCAACGCCAAUAACCACUCCAAGCAAUCGGCCAUGAUUGUCCACGAGAUAAUGCAGAAGAAGCCCGCCUUCAUGCUCAGCAACGAUCUGUUCUACAACAAAAUGAAGUCCUUCACGCUGCAGUUCCUUCACUGGGAAGGAUACUUUCAGUUCAAUGGCAUCGGCCUGUUCGCCCUGGACUACACUUUUAUAUUCUCUACUGUGAGUGCCGCCACUUCCUACUUGAUUGUGCUGCUGCAGUUCGACAUGACUGCAAUCCUGCGAAACGACGGCCUAAUGUCGUAG